AUGGGGGACAUGAAUGAUCUCGACAUCUCAUCUCUCAUCCUAGACCCUAGAUUCGUGCAGUGUGUGAAUGAACCGACACGGGGCUUAAAGACACUUGACAAAAUUAUCACAAAUAUCAGCACUUAUUAUCAGUUGCCGACUGUAGCAUCCCCCAUAGGAGCGAGUGACCACUGUGUUGUGAAAUGGUCCCCUUUGAGAGUGAUCACCAGGAAAAACGGUAAUAUCACCCAAAGUCGUACCACUAGGCCGAUGAAAGAGAGUGACAUUCGCGAAUUUGGGAUGGAGAUCCUCAACUGUGACUGGUCACCAGUCUUAUCUGCUGUACAUGUGAAUGACAAAUGCAAUGCGUUCUACUCUAUCCUAAAUCCUUUGAUUGAGACUUAUUUCCCAACACAAACUGUCAAGCUGCACAACCAGGAUAAACCCUGGAUAACGCCUUCUAUAAAGUCAUUGAUUCAACAACGGCAGGCGGCUUUUGCUUCGGGAGAGAUGUGCGAAUGGCGUCGCUUGAGGAAUCGCAUUAUCCGUGAAAUCAAACAUGCAAAAUAUGACUUCUACAACAAUCGUGUUAGGAAGUUGAAGAGCUCCAACCCAGCGUCCUGGUAUAAACAAAUCAGGGCAAUGACGUCAGGCCGGAAUGCAUCACCACUUCUUCACAUUGAAGGGAUUUCCUUUACGGACUUCGAGGCAGUUGCCAAUAACAUCAACAACUUCUUUGUGAACAUCGCUAGUGAUAUUCCGAGAUUGGACACGUCUAGUCUGCCGUCAUUCUUACCUGCUGAUCGACCACUUCCACUGAUCCAGCCAUGGGAAGUUUAUCGAGAGUUAAAAGCUAUUAAUCAAAGAAAAGCUCCAGGGCCGGAUGGCAUCUCGGCUAGACUUGUCAAAGAAUUCGCCUAUGAGCUUAGUUGCCCUCUAACUGAUAUAUUGAAUGCUUCGUUCAGCCAGUCAUUAGUACCAGAAUGCUGGAAGAAAGCCCAUGUAGUUCCUUUGCCGAAAACAUUUUAA